AUGCUGACUCCAGAAACCAUCAACAUCUUGUCAUACUUCUACGCACUGGGCAACACGCCAGCAGUGUGCCUGACACAGUCGCUUCCACCGGGAAGCCCAGCUGAUAUCCUCCUGCUGGGAUGUGGCGACGUGCGCAACAUCUUGUUUACGAGCCAUGUCGAUGUACAUCGCCAGUUGGACUUGACGUGUUGCGACUUUCAGAAGGCGGUGCUAGCCCGCAACAUAUUGCUGCUGUCUCUUAUCAUCGAUGACUCUGGACCUCAAUGCACGAAGAUCCUGUGGGGUCUCUACUACCACUUCCACCUCGAUGAUAACUGCCAUGAGCUUUUGCGCUCGCAGUCUCAGAAGCUCCAUUCACUAUCGGAUACCAUGGAAGCAUGGCACAACAGCAAGUACGGACCAGUUCUCAAAUUUUGCGACUCGGCCACUCUUGCAGACGUCAGAACGAUGUGGCACUUCUACAUAACUAGCCGCGAAGGGUCUGAGAAGUCCCAUUUCGAGGCUCACUUCAACGACAAUCUUGAGGAGACGCGAGAUAUUGAGGUCGAUCUCAAGUCUCGUGCUCGCGCGAGACGUCCAAAUCCCAUGUUCGUGACAGACGAUGGGCCGCUGCUGCACUACGGUACCGAUCCCUUGCUUGGCUUUCAUCUGGCAGCGGCAUACGCUCCGCUUCAAGCUCAGUCCCGUCUCUUCACCAAAUCGGUUUCUCCCAAACCGCAGCAGAGAGCUGUCGAGACUGCCCAGCUCGAGUUCAGCAAUUGGGUCGACUCAUUUAGCAAACGCCUUAAGUCGGUCACGAUUCGAUUCUUUUCGGGGAAUGCCCUUGCAUUUUCCCACUCGCUGCUGCAUAGACGAGUUAACGGCGGAUCCACCGGAAACUGGUACCGAGAUCGAUACCGCGCGGAGACACUGAAGCUGAACGGGCCAGAGUUUACGUCUGGUUCUGCUCCUCUUACAUUCGACAUCAUCGAUAGAUCCAACUUGUGCGACCACGUCGGUGGCUUGAAUCUUCUGACCGCAGUCUCGCCUCUGUUGCGGAACUGUGCCUCGUCCGCGGUAUACACUGAAAUCCUCCACAAGCGGAGCGAGAGUCCACAGAAGGCAUUCGACCAUAUUCUUUGCGGACACACGCCGACUGUGUCACUUCUACUCGGCUUGUUUCCUGUUGACUACUGGACGAAUGUCUUGCCCUGA